AUGCCGGUACUAGAUGAAUGUUACAUUAAACCUUUAAAUAAAUCAGAUGUUUCAUUAAUACAUUCCAUAUGGUCACAUAGAGAUCUGAAAUACACUGAAUUAUCGACGAAGUAUUUAAGUACAAUGAUAGAAUUAAAUGGUGGAAUAGGAUUAUAUUUGAAAAAUGACAGUUUUUUAGUUUCUUGGGCAAUACAAAAUGGUUGGCGUCGAUUAGGAAUAGUAGAAACUGUGGAAAAAUAUAAAAAAAGCUAUGCAGAAACUAUUAUAAAUGCAUUAUCAAAGAAACUUGGAGAACAUGGAAUUUUUACAGUACUGUUCAUUGUUGAAGAAAAUACAACAUCUGAAACUAUGUUUAAAAAUUUUGGUUGGAAAAUAAUUUCACCAUUUACUUAGAUAGUAUUUAAGAAGAAAAAAGCAACAAAGUCCACUAAUUAA